CGUCAGAGCUCUCAUUUUUCGUUUUCAGGUAUAUCUGGACUGGACCGUGUAUAAAAUAAUAAAACAACUAUUGUAUUGAAACGCUCUCAACCGGACAAUCGCGUUUGAUAUUUAUAAUCCUUCGUGUUGAUAAGUCUCUGUGUUUUUGGAUUUAAUAGUUGAAAGGUAUUUUUCAAAACAUUUGAUCCAAGAAACUAUUAUAAAAGUGCCAUCCCCGUUCCAAGAGACGUAUUUCAAUUCCAUCUCGACCACAUAACUACAAUAAAGAAGUAGCGAAAAAGGGACAGCUGCACAAAAGUGAGACAACGUGUGAAAAAUCUACAACUGGACACAAUUGCAGUGUAAGGUAUUUAAUUAAAAUGACGGAAGUUGAACAACCAUCUCAGAACGGUAUAGACUUGACGUUGGAAGAAGAUGCAAAUAAUAAAGCUAGACCGGCUGAUAUUGAACAGGAUAUGAGAGAAAUGGAGCGUCGCAAACGUGUAGAAGCCAUCAUGGGUUCUAAAUUGUUUCGAGAAGAAUUAGAACGCAUUGUUGACAGUCAAAUUCGAGAAGGUGGAUCAUCCGGAAUAUUGCAACAAUUGUCCGAUAUCGUUGGGAUUCCUACAUCGCGUGUUGGCAACGUUUUUAAAAGUUCCAACUGCGUCCUACCAAUAAAUGAUAUUCGAGGUGUUGAAUCUAUGGGCUAUUCUAAGGGUGAAAAAAUACUGAGAUGCAAAUUGGGAGCUUCGUUUCGCCUGCUAGAUGUUUAUGGUUGGUCAAAUGGUUUGGGCGCUCAGAUCACAGCUCGUCUUAAAGUUGACCAAGAAUUAUUUUUGGUUAAUCCAUAUGGCCUAUUGUUCCAUGAAGUUACGGCUUCCUCGCUUAAUAAAGUUGACAUGCAGGGCAAUGUCGUUGAGCAGGGAACGACUAAUUUUGGAGUAAACAAAAGUCAUUUUAUGUUACACUCUGUCGUCCAUGCUGCCCGCCCAGAUAUCCGCUGUGCCAUUUACAUCGGUUGUAAUCCAGUUGUUGCUAUUUCAUCACUUAGAGUAGGUCUCUUGCCAUUAACAUAUGAUUCUGUAGUGCUCGGCGAGAUCUCUACACAUCAGUACACCGGUUGCCUCUCAGAUUCGGAAGAAAGAGAAAAACUUGUUCGUAACUUAGGUCCUGUAUCAAAAGUAAUGUUGCUAACAAAUCACGGAGCACUCUGCUGCGGUGAAACCAUUGAAGAGGCAUUCUUCACUGCCCAUCACAUUGUACAAGCAUGUGAAACUCAAUUAAAGCUACUGCCAAUAGGCGUUGAUAACUUAGUCAUGAUUCCCGACGAAUCCCGAAAAGCAAUUUAUGAUGCAUCACGUAGACCACCUGAAGACAUUGCUGCUUUUGAAAAAAAAACAGUACUUGGUGCAACCGCAUCCGAAGAUGCAUCAACUGCGGAUGAAUCGCAGACAGAAAAUAAUAAGGAUACAAACCAUAAGAUGCUGCAACAGCCCAAAUGGCGUGUUGGUGGUGCUGAGUUCGAAGCUUUAAUGCGUAUGCUGGAUAAUGCUGGUUUUCGAACUGGUUACAUAUAUCGUCAUCCCUUGAUUAAAUCUGAACUGCCUAAGCCGAAAAAUGAUGUUGAACUUCCACCGGCUGUAUCAUCUUUAGGUUAUUUACUCGAAGAAGAAGAACUUUAUCGGCAAGGUAUUUGGAAAAAAGGGGACUGGCGCAAAGGAGGUGACCGCAGUCGAUGGCUAAAUUCCCCAAAUGUUUACCAAAAGGUUGAAGUUUUGGAAACUGGUACACCUGAUCCGAAGAAAAUAACAAAGUGGGUAGCGGAUGGCUCACCAACGCAUUCCACUCCAGUUCGGAUUGAAGGUGCUCUACAAUUUGUACCAACUGGAACUAAUUCAAAAGAGUUCAAAAAAGUGCAACAACAGAUUAAAGAUAAUCGUCGUGCAGAUAAAAUAUCGGCUGGUCCACAAUCCCAUAUCUUGGAAGGUGUUACAUGGGAUGAGGCGAAUCGCAUCAAAGAUGCAACUGUCUCUUCGGCUGGUGAUCAUGUUGUCUUAAUGGGCGCAGCAUCUAAAGGAAUUAUUCAACGUGGUUUUCAACACAAUGCCACUGUCUACAAGGCACCAUACGCAAAGAACCCGUUCGACAAUGUUACAGACGAUGAACUCAAUGAAUAUAAAAGAACUGUAGAAAAGAAGAAGAAUAUUCAUGGUGAAUAUACCGACACUGAUUUCUCAGAAUCAGAGGCUCUUAGUUCGCUCCAGACUUCUGGUGCGCAACAGCAAAAUUCUUCGAAAAUUGCCGUUGUUAGCCAAUCUGAAAAUGAAGAUGCAUCAGAUCACCAAGUUAUAAGAAUAGAAACAAAGCAAGCGCCAGUCCCGAGCCAACCCGAAAUAGUAUUAAGUGAUGCUCAAGAAAAUCGAAUUACCACUUGUCCCAUUAACAGCCCAACAGUUACAUUUACUCAAGAAAAUUUCAUAGGUCAAGAAUGUUGCAAAAUUUUAGAUUAUUCAUCAUAUCAUCUUCCGUUGACAAAGUAUUUGUUAAGUGAAAAAAAAAUUUCAAAGCAUCAGAAAACCCAUUUGAAGUCAAAUUUUCCUUCACAUCUUCAGCCUGAAAUAUUUUCUUUAAAUUCGGAAAUUCCUUCUUCAGAAACACUUUCCAUUGAAAAAAAAAAAUCAAAGUUCUUUACUCCCCGAGCUGGUCAGUCAAUUUGUCAAUCUUUCAAUUACGAUUCAGACAAUGUGACAAUCUUUAAAACAUCCUUAGAUUGUAAUAACUCUCUUGAGAAUUUUUUGAGAAAACCAUUUCGAACACAUUCACAUUUUGGUUAUAAUUAUUCAAGAUAUGAGAAUACUCCAAAACACUUCCAUUUUCCGAUAUCUCCCAGCAAGUAUACAGGAGUAAAAAAGCCGUUCAGCUUUAAUGAAAUAUUUUCAAGCCCUCGGUAUGUUAAUUUGUGUGACAUAUGCUUUGAAAAAAUUGCUUAUAUUCUUCCAAAUUUAUUUGGUCAUAGAGCACCUGGUUGGGAAAGUCAUAACUCUUGUGAAUCUUUGAACAAGAUGUCUUUGAAUGAUGGCAGUGUUGCCGACUACACAGAUGAAAGGAAUAAUAAUGAGUUCCUACAAUCCCUCAAAAACCUGUUCGACGUGAGUGGAGUUUUAGAGUCGGUUCCAGAAAUUGAUGAAGAUGAUCAAAGCCAGUUUUCAUUUACAGAGUUGAGUUUCAAAUCCAAUGCAUCUACAGUUAGUGAAAGCUUAAACUUUUCGGAUAAAAUUACUCGGAUGAAUUACUCUGAAGAGUCUUCCAGUUUAUGUUUUAAGCCCUCGAAAUUGAUUGCUCCUGAAAUAACAGUGGAAAACAACGUCGAGAACUUAAGCAAAGAAAUCAGUACUAUUUCAACCCAAAGCUCUAAUAAAACCAAUAAAGAAGUGUUCAUUUUGGACACGAAUAGUUCCUCAGAUAUGAAGUCAAAUAAUUCUGCAGAUAGGAAUCGUAAAUUGAUGACUCGUCAAGAACGUAACCAGCGCAAAUACGAUUUCUCCGAACUAUGGGAAGAUCACAUUCAAUACUACAGUAACAGUUCAAGUCAAGACAAUGUUUCAAUAUCGGAAGCAGAAAUCUAUUUAGGGAAAACCUCUAUACAAAGUUUAGAGAGUUCUGCAUCUUCAUAUAAUCAUACAGCUCCUCCCGAACAUAAGAAUGAAUGUCAAAUGGCAAUAAAUCAAAAACAACAAUUGAUUGGGCAUAAUUCCUUUUCCGACGAUGAACCAUCAUUAUCCAAUUCGGAAUUGACUUCAAUUGAGCUUCAAAUUAGUGAAAAAAUUGAGAUGAAUGACCUAAAAAAGCAGCAAAUUUUUAAUAACAUUCAAAACAAUUUCCAACAAAAAAUUACUCCUUCCAACGUGCAGGAAAUCAUUCUCAAAAAACUGAGUGAUAAUACAAAUUUAACUGCAUCAACUCCAAAAUUAUGUUCAUUUAACAUGUUCAAAGACGAAAAGGUAGAGCAUGAUAUAAACUUUAAAGAUAAAUCUCUGAUGAAUAUGUCAACACAAUUUAAUCCACAAAAACUUUCACAUGUUCCGAAUUUAAGGAAUCUUUCUUCGGUUCAUCAAGAUUUUUCGUGUUCUAAAGGGACUGAUAAUAAUAAUUGUUCACCCAAUGUUAAAAAAAUCUCAGCAUCAAAAAGGCAAUGUAACUUAGGAAACAAAUCAUUGAUUGGUAACAAAAUCGAGUCUCAACAGCCUCUCAAACAUGCCAAACGUAAUUUUGUCGCCGAAAACAUUCGAAGCGCUUUCACUCCUCGUCGCUUCAAUAAUAUUUCGAAAAUUUCAAAAUCGGUCGAGUUUCGUUCGGGCUCGCAUUCCUUGCAAUCAGCGCAGAAUAUAACUUCACCGGUAUACUCUUUUCAAACAAUAACUGUUGGUUCUUCGCCAAGGUUUUGGGUAACAUUGUCUUCAAUGGAAAAGCAUAACCCGACUCAUUUGUUAAAAACCAAACAUACAAGGAAAGAAGGAAAACAAAGCAUUGAACUUGCAAGUGAGGUCGAACCAGUUGAUGGCUCGGAAUUUUUUGAAAACGAAACAAUUGUUGAUAAAGAAAUUAAAACUCUUGGUCAGCACAUUGAUGCAUUUAAACCGCGUUAUGAUCGCUACGGUAGAACAAUUGGCUGUUUGGAAAUGGAGGUUUCUAAAGCUGCGGAGUUAAUGGACGUAGUUGUUGAAACACAGAACGAAAUUAAAGCUUCACGCCAGCAAUUGCGCAAAGAUAUUAUAUCACAUCAAUGUUUGGAAAAAAUUUGUUGUGAUUUUCAAACUUUUUCUAUUUUUGAAUCAGAUGACUAAUCAGUUGAAAGCAACCAUCAAUUUGUAUUGUAUUUGUAUUUUGAACUAAGUGCUCAUCCACAGUUUCGCUCGUUUUUAUAAAAAUAAAUAAAUUACAUGAAUUUCA